AUGAGCCCACCGUCGAUUUUCUGUCCCAAAAAAUUGAGGAACCUCGAGCAAUCCGGCGAAGGAGAUGCAAAUGAUUCGUCUCCAAUCAGUCGUUUACCAGACGAAAUCAUCCUCCUAAUAUUAAACAAAUUAAUCGAUUUGAAAACCCUAUGUUUUUGCUAUCUGGUUUCCAAACGUUUCUCCUCGAUUGUACUUCAAGUCGAUGCCAUUUCCUUCGCUUCUCCAGUCUUAAACCCUCACAUUUCCGAUAACAACACCAUCAGUGAUUGUAGGUCGUUUCUGCGCAUGAUUUCGUCGUUAUACGGUGAGUCGUUUCUAUCUGCCUAUAGGUUUUUGAUCAAGUUUAAAGGAGUGAAGUCCUUAUGUAUCGAACUUCUAGCUCCGGGUCAUAGUGGUGUCGAUAGUCGUUUGUUCAAAUGGAAGCUUCAGUUCACGAAGAAAAUUGAAUCGUUUAUAUUUGUGUGGCCGAAUUCAGUUUGUGAUAAGGAUGGAUUUUGUCUUAAUGGAAAUGGGGAUGAAGAAGAAAGCCUCGAGUUAAUCAGUGGCUUGUGUAAGACCAAGCAUAUUAUUUCGUUUCAGUGUCUGCAGGAUAUCAUGGCAUGGCAUGUGAUGUUGUUAUACCUGGUUAAUGAUCUACCCAUGUUGGAAGAGGUAUCCAUUAGCGAUUCAGGGAGAAGAGGGAGGCUUUCUCUGAGUGGGAAAAAACUCAGCGAGGUUAAGGAUUGGGUACAUUCAGCUUCGGAAACUGUGCUCAAUGGUGUAAAUGUUCCUACUAUAAUGCAGAACUGUUAUAUUCACGUUUUGAAAUUGCCAGUUUCAGGGUAUGUGAUGAAGGGGAUAUAUUUUUGUGUAAUUGAGAUGAAAGAUAUUGAGGGUACUGGAAAUGAGUUUCUUAUGAGCAGUGAAAAUGGUGGUUUUGAAGAUAAAGAAGAGGCUGCAUAUACCGAAGCUAUGAUGGAGAUUUUGAAGAAGUAUAAAGGCUUGAUGCUUACUCAGAACCUGUGGUGGAACCUGAACGAGGAAGCUGGGCAACAUGCUAGGUUACAGUUUCGAAUUUUAGAGCCAUAAAAACUUUUGGAUGCACAAAACUUGCUUUGUUAUAAAUGCUAGUUUGAAAAUUGUGGAUUCUGAUCAAAUAAUAUGCAUUUGAAAGUUGUUUUUUAGAAGGGUAAAAUAGUAAUUUUCAUCGUAGAUGCGUUAGCAACAUUACCGGCUAGACAUGCAAUAGCCGUUAAUAAUGGUACAUUUUAAUUAGUAUUAUUGAAUUUAAGAAACUAAUGUGUGCAAUUAAAAUGAUAGUGAUACAAGUUGUACAUUUAUAAAUGAAAGGACAUAAAUGGUAGCCGUAUAUCGUUAUACGUUGUGAACCCCAAAUGGAAAGUUAGAU